AUGGUUGCAGUUAGUCGUCUGAAUUGGAGCUCAUAUUUUCCAACACUAACGUUUCGUUCAUUUCUAUCUCAUUAUCUUCCGGCUUCCGGUGCUUUAUCCCAUACCCUCUUCGCUGUCCACAUUUUUAAUCCAACUUUCGUGUCCAGAAUUUUUACAACCAAGGAUUUGGCCGUUAGUAAUAGCAUCUUAUUUACCGCAAAUCUCGGUCUCGGCUUCUAUAUGUACUACCGUCGUCAUCUGCAUCGACUUAAAAAAUGGGAUCGCGUAGAGUUGAGGUAUUGUACUGAUUUGUCUUGCUAUUCUGUUCUGACGUUUCGGCAGUAUCGCCUUCUUCAGAGCCUGGAAGGGUAUACUGAUAUGCAAUCUACUAGGCCAAACGCUUCAGUAACACUUACAAAAAGACGAAAGACCCUCUGGUAA